GCUAAGCACCAGGAGGAGACACGUGUUGGUGGAAUCGAUCGCAACGGUUUCAGAUUAACUCAUGUCUCAUUCACAAAAAAAAUUGUAUUUUUUUUUUUAUAUUUAGACCAGUUAAAUUAUCGAUUGCUAUCAGGAUGUGAAGAGACUUUCAACCAGUAUAACAAAAAACAUUUCUGGAAUAGAUUGCACACCCUAGUUUUAAGAAGAAAAUUAGUCCAGAUACAAAACUUGGAAAAAACAAAACAAUAACAAAGAACAAGGACAUUAAAUACAUUGAGGCAAACGCGGUCAAUGAGAAACAGCUGGGAACUAUCAGCGCAGGAACAGAGACACGAAAAGAUUAUGUCGGAAUUCAGCUCACUGUUGAGUGAUCUGUCUGAGAACAUUACUAAUGAAGACCUGGAGCAGCUGAAAUCAGCCUGUAAGGAGGACAUCCCUGAAGAGCAGAGCAACUCCAUCACCUCCUCCAAAGACUGGUUCAGCUACCUGGAGAAGAAUGACAAACUGGCACCAGAUAACCUCUACUACAUAGAGCACAUCUUUGAGAUCUCGCGGCGGCCUGACCUCUUGACCCGGGUCAUUGAGUACCGCACGACCGUGCUAAAGAUUUCCGAAGACGAUGAGAUUGACACCAAACUCACACGGAUCCCCUCUGCGAAGAAAUAUAAGGAUAUCAUUCGUCAGCCAUCAGAAGAUGAGAUCAUCAAACUCGCUCCUCCACCGAAAAAAGCAUGAGGUCCAAGUUCAUGACCUCUGCUUCUCAUCCCUGGCACAUCAUCUUGCCCACCAUCUUCACCAAACCACGCCCACUGCCCCUCCAACUGAACAGAAGCCAUGCAGCCAGUCAGAUCACCAAGAUGCUCUUCAGCCAUGCCAACGCCACGGA